GCCAGGUUGUUAACCUCUGCAUAUCCCAAGUGGAUGGGCUGGAGGCAGACAGUAGUGCGAGCAGAAAAGUGAGAGAGAAAAGAGAAGUGAAAAAAGCUACCCUUCAUGACUGAUUUCAUUUUUGAAGCUUCAGAAGGACUUCCAAAGCACAAUGGGAGCUCGGAUUCGCCGUUAUUCAGAAAGCAUGGCUCACCUCCCCUUGGACUCCUUCAUUCAGCGGCAGCAGCUAGAUGCUGCAAUGGCAGACACAUUCCUGGAGCACAUGUCUCUGCUGGACAUUGAUCAGGAGCCAAUUGUGGCCAGGAAUACCAGCAUCAUCUGCACUAUAGGUCCAGCUUCCCGCUCAGUGGAGAAGUUGCAAGAGAUGAUCAAGGCAGGAAUGAAUAUUGCACGGCUCAACUUCUCUCAUGGCUCUCAUGAGUACCAUGCUGGCUCAAUCAAGAAUAUCCGACAAGCCAGAGAGAGCCUCACUUCAGACCCACUCUAUUAUAGGCCUGUGGCCAUAGCACUGGACACCAAGGGGCCAGAGAUCAGAACAGGACUGGUCAGAGGGGAGGACAGCGGAGAAGUGGAGCUUGUGAAAGGAGCUAAAGUUCGAGUAGUGACAGAUGAAAGUCUGAAGAACUGCACUGAUGGGACUCAAAUCUGGGUUGACUACAAGAACAUCAGCCAGGUGGUGAAGGAAGGAGGGCGGAUUUAUGUGGAUGAUGGCCUAAUUUCCCUCAAAGUCAUUGAAAUUGGUUCAAACUACAUUGAAACUGAAGUGGAGAAUGGAGGUACACUGUGCAGCAGGAAGGGAGUUAACUUGCCUGGUGCAUUAGUAGACCUACCUGCAGUUUCCCAGAGGGACAAGGAGGACCUCCAAUUUGGGAUUGAGCAAGGAGUUGACAUGGUGUUUGCCUCUUUCAUCCGCAAGGCUGCAGACGUGCACGGUGUCCGUGAAGUUUUAGGAGAAAAGGGAAAACACAUCAAGAUCAUUAGCAAAGUGGAGAAUCAUGAAGGGGUAAAGAGAUUUGAAGAAAUCCUGGAAGCAAGCGAUGGCAUCAUGGUAGCUCGGGGUGACCUUGGAAUAGAAAUUCCACCAGAGAAGGUAUUCCUUGCACAAAAAAUGAUGAUUGGUCGAUGCAACAGUGCUGGAAAACCUGUCAUCUGUGCUACUCAGAUGCUGGAAAGUAUGAUCAAGAAACCCAGGCCUACUCGUGCAGAAGUUAGUGAUGUAGCUAAUGCAGUUUUGGAUGGAGCAGACUGCAUCAUGUUGUCGGGAGAGACUGCAAAAGGAGAGUAUCCGGUCCAAGCUGUCCAAAUGAUGCAUUCGAUCGCCCGGGAGGCAGAGGCUGCCAUCUUCCAUCGGCAGUUGUUUGAGGAACUGAGGCAUCUCACUCCUCUGACCACUGACCCCACUGAAGUUACUGCAAUCGGUGCUGUGGAAGCAUCCUUCAAGUGCUGUGCAGGGGCCAUCAUUGUACUUACAACCUCUGGCAGGUCAGCACAACUUUUAUCCCGCUACCGCCCACGUGCUCCAAUAAUCGCAGUCACACGAAGCAACCUCAUGGCUCGGCAAUCGCACCUGCAUCGUGGGAUUUUCCCAGUCUUGUUCAGAGACCCUGCUAUGCCAGUGUGGGCUGAUGAUGUGGACCAAAGAGUCAACUUCGGUAUGGCUGUAGGAAAAGCCAGAGGAUUUUUUAGCUCCGGUGAUAUUGUGAUUGUGGUGACUGGCUGGAGACCAGGAUCUGGAUACACUAACAUCAUGAGGGCAGUCAGUGCCCCUUAGGUAAUGUGGGCUCUCCACAAAGGAAAUGAGUAAAACGGGCCCUUUAUACAGCACUUCAUUUCUAACCACAUAUUAUUAAAAAGUGGAGAUGCCAGCAGGCAAAUGCUGAAAAUCUUUAAUUGGAUUCUGCUGCACUUCAAGCGUUUAAUAACACUGGGAACACUGGCAUCUAUGAUUGACAAAGCCAUACAGUGUGCCCGUUUUCAGCAGCCUAGGUACACAUACAUGAAUGAAUGAAAGAAACUAAUAGUAAUUGGGAUCUCUUUGCCGGUUUUUCCUAUCUGAAGAGAAAAAAAGCUCCUGUGAUUUUUGUUUUACUCAUAGGUGAGAUUUUGACUUUGUCAGAUGGAAGUGUAUUUAAGAACCUGAUUAUGCAUGGAUUUCCCCAAGGAUUUUCAACCUUGGAUUUGCCUGAAUGCUGACAGCUUCACCCUAAGCAUCACUGAACCCUUGAAAUACUCACCCCUACUAUAGAAUCUUUGGAAAAAGUGCAUUCCUGCAGUUGAGUUACACAUCCAUCUUGUUAUCUGUAGCCAAUGUACCUUGAAAAAAUGUUGUGAAAAAUAAGCUAGUAAAUUCCAUGGUUAAGCUUU